AUGGCCUAACCUUAUGUCCCUUAAGAAUUAAAUAAAGAAGAUGAAGAAUUAAAAUGCCAUCCAUCUUAAAGUGGAUCAACUGCAACUCCUACUCUAUUUGAGAAUACUAAUACUACAAAAGCAUUUAGUACAGCAUUUUUUGAAGAUCAAUUACAUUAAGAAGGUUAUUAUUAUUUUAAUAUAUCUUAUUAGAUGAUCUAUUUGAUGAAAUUAACUAAUAAUUAAACUAAGUCUUGAUUAAUGACACUUAAAGACCUUCUCUUGUCUCAGCAUUUUAAGCUGACAUGUAUUAUUGAACGGUAAAUCUAUUAGGUCAUCAUACUUAAGUCAUGAGAAGUUGACCAAAAAUUCACGAAAAAUGUAAUUGGAAUACUAAAAUGCAAAUUUAAAAGAAAAAGAAUAUGUAUUCAAUACAUUCGUAAGAGAUGAUAUAGAAAAUAUAAGUUUAGAUAAGUAUAAGCAUUUCUUACUUGAGAAAAUACUAGAAGUUGGUAUAUAUUAUUAAAAUAACAUUUAGGUCCUCCUUCUCAUAAAAAUAUAAUACUUGAUAGAAUAUUUUAAUCAAUAAAUAAAUUAAUAAAAGAUCUAUAUGCUUGUAAAGUAAUGUAGAAGGGAUUAGAAGUGAUGGUCUAAAAUCCUAAUGAUUCUCCUUAAUAAUUAGAUAAUUACCUAAAUUUUAUUCAUUCUGAUACAAAUUAAAUGAAAAAAAUUUAUGUAGACAAAAUUGCAAAUCAAAUUAUUUAAAAAAGUCUUGAAGUUUUAGAAGGGAAUCAUUUAUAUAAACUUCUUUAAGUGGUGUCAAAAUAUGUAUAAUAUUAAAUGAGAUGAUAGAUUCUGAACAAUAACAACAAUUAAAAAUUUGAAUUAUCAACUGAUUAAUAUGGAUGUUUAAUUGUCAAUAAGAUAAUUGAUAUAUAUCCUAAAUAAUUCGAUGUUUAAACUAAGACAUUAUGCAAUGACAUCAUAAUUAGAGCUAUUGAAAAUAGUUCUGGCUUAACUAGAAGAUAAUAUGCUAAUUAUAUUAUAUAAUCAAUAUUGGAAAAGGGAUAAGAGAUUCAUAAAAGAUUGUUGAUGGAUUAAUAUCUCAUUAAAGAUUUUCUACCAAUGUCUAUGGAUAAGUAUGGUAGCAAUGUUGCAGAGAAAGCCAUAGUUUAUGGUGGGUCAUAAUGGAGAACUAAAUUAUGGGAAGAGGUAACAAUCUCAGAAAGGUACUAGAUAACUUUUAUCAUUAUAGUUCUUUUAAGAGAUUGGUCAAUGAUUAGUUUGCUAAUUAUCCAAUUUAAAGGCUAUUUGAAUAUUUAGAUUAACCAUUAAGACAAGAAUAUUUAGCAUUACUAAAUAAAUUUUAAGAUAAUAAUUAAUUGAAUAAUCAUGGUUAGAUUGUAUUAAAGUUUGCUUAAUCAAAUUAUAAUGUUAAAAGAUAUACUUAAAAAAUAGUUUAAACUGAAAAGAAUAAGCAGAAUAAAAAUAAUUAAAAAAAUUGUAAUUAAAAAUCAUAAACUAUUAAUUAAAAUUUAAGUAAUACUCCUUAGAAAUAGUAAUAAUUAGAAAAUGGAUUAAAAUCAAUAUAAUAAUAAUAAUUAUAAGUUGCUAUGAUGUAAUAGAUGAUGUAUUAUUAAUAAUAAUAACAGAUGUUAUUACAAUAAUAAAUGCCAUAGUUAUAUUAUCAAGAUUAAAAUUAUCUUCAUUAUGGAACAAUGAAUUAAGAGUAAUAAAUGAUGAUGUUUUGCUGGUAAUAAUAAUAAUAAUAAUAAUAAUAAUAAUAAUAAUAAUAAUAAUAAUAAUAAUAAUUUUAUAAUUUUAAUCCAAAUAUGAAUUAGAAGAAUGGAUAAUGA